AUGAAUCUUUUAAAUAAUAGUAAUAAUGUUAUUGAAAAUACAAAUAAUAGUCAAAAUAAUGUUAUGAAUGAUAAUAACAUUAAUAAUUUAGAAGAAGAUAUAAUUGAGGAUGGUAAGAUAGAGGUAUCAUCACCUAUAUCUAAAAAAAUAGAACCACGAUUAACUGUAAAUAGAGAAACUGUAUUUAAACUUAUUCAACAGUUAUGUUCACAAUCUAUAGAACAAUUUUCUUCAACCUCAAAUUUUGCAUAUGAAUUAUUAAUAAAAAUGAAUAUUUUGGCACCAAAAUUUGAUUUUGAUGAUAAUACUCCUGGAAAUGGAUUUCGAUCAAUGAUUUGUGUUUGUGAUACAGUUAUACUUCAUAUUAUAUCUUUACUUAGAUCUUGUUGUCUUAUGAAAAAUAAUCUUAUGUUUAGAAUUUCAUUUUUUUGUAAAGAAAUUGAAAAUUAUAUGGCUGUUUUAAGAUUUUGGAUUUUGUCUUCACAACAAUUAAUUGGAAGUAUUUCAUAUGAAGAAAGUGAUAGUUUAUUUCCACCAAUAGAUAUUGAUGAUUAUAGUCAAUAUUUUAGUGUUUUAAAAACUUUAGAAACAUUAGAUUCUACCUGUUUUUAUUCACGACCUUUAGGAUUUCAGUUUUGUCCAUCUGUAAGUAAAAUGUUCAAAAUUAUUGGAAUAUUACUUGCAACAUAUAGUUUAACAUGGGAAAAAGGAAAUGGUGCAUUUGGGUCAUUAAUAAAAUCUGCUAAAUUUUUAUUAUCUCCAGAGGAACGAGCUAGUAGAAUUAUAAAAAUUACUAGAGAAGCUGAUGUUGAAUUUUGUAAAGGUUUUUGGAAUUUACCUGAACUUGGUGCAUUACCAGCUAUACCAAAAUGGUUUGGUAUAACGCUUGCUAUAUGUGAAUUAAGAGAAAUUACAUCAAAUGGUCCUUUACCUUUGGAGACAAAUGAUGGUGGACGUGUUUUAAUACCUGAACCAACAGCUCACACAGGUUUUAGACCUGUUAAAUAUCGUAUCUUAUCAGCAGUUCAUCGUUAUCAUCUUAGUCCUGUUUCACAAAGCUCAAAAUUACCUUUAUCACCAUAUAUAAUUGUUCAUUGUCAUGGUGGUGGUUAUGUCGCAACAUCAUCAAAAUCACAUGAAGGAUAUCUUAGAGCAUGGGCUAAACAAUCAAAUUGUCCUAUUGUAUCAAUUGAUUAUUCAUUAGCACCUGAAAAUCCAUAUCCUCGUCCAACAGAAGAAGUUCUUUAUACAUAUGCAUAUAUGUUAAAUUUUCCUGAAAAAUUUGGUUGGACAGGAGAAAAAAUAUGUCUUGUUGGUGAUUCUGCUGGAGGAAAUUUAAUAGCAUCACUUUCACUUCGUAUGAUUAAUUUAAAUGUUAAAAGAUUACCAACCAGUAUUGUACCUAUUUAUACACCAUUUCUAUUUCAAUAUUUACCAUCACCAUCAAGAAUAUUAAGUUUUAUGGAUCCAAUACUUCAUAUGGGAAUUUUAUUACGUUGUCUAACUGCAUAUACAUUAGGAGAUGUAGAAAUAAAUAAAAUUCCAUUAACAACAAAUUAUUCAGAAUCUGAAAAUACAGAAAAAAAAGAUGAACCAUCACAAAAAAAUGGACAUCGUUCAUUACUUGAAUAUGUUAAUGAAUUAAAAAAUAGUCAAAUUGGAAAUAUUUUUAAAUUUGAUAAUUUAUCUGAUUCAAUUGUAGCAUAUUAUAAUUGUUCAAAUAAUAGAUCAGAUGAUUGUAAUUUACCAGAUUCAACAACUACAAAAGAAGUACAAAGUAAUUUAGAUGAUAAAAUAAAUAUUCCAUCAAUUUCAACAAAUAAUGAUUCAAUAAUUCAAAAUAUUAAUGAUGAAGAAAUUGAAGGAACACCAUUUAAUAGAACGCAAAAUGUACAAAUUUUUAGAGAUCCUGAUAAUAUUCUUUUAUCAUCUGAAAAUUAUGAUGCUACACUUAUAGAACUUUUUAAAAAUAAUAAUGAUUUCUUAAAUAGUAAAGAUAAAAAAGCAACAUUACAAGCACAAAAAAAAUUCCUAACAAAGUCUGCAACUACUAAUUUUAUUUCCUCAUUUUUCUCAACAUCUGGAACAGAUAAUGUGACUGAGUCGCAAGAUAAAAAAUCUGAAGAAAGUAAUUACCAAACACCAUCUGAAAGCCCAAGUGAUUUACAAAAUGUUAUUCCUAUUAAAUCACAACUUGAAACAAAACAAUCAAUUACUUCAAUAUCUGAAAAUAAUAUUGCUGGAUUGCCAAAUUUUAAUACUCUACCUAAAACACCAGAUAAUUCAGAAAAUAUUUCUCAACAAAAGAAAAAAACAUUAAGUCAGUCAUUGGCACAAACAGCAUCUAUGGCUGCAACUUAUGCUAUUGAUAAUUUAACUGAAUGGUUUGAAACAGAUAAAAAACCUAUUGGACAUAUUGAUAAACAAAAAUUAAGUCGUGCAGCAACAAUGACACCAAAAAUGGCAGCAGAACAUCAUAAAAAAGAAACAGAACAUCAUAAAUCAACUCUUGAUGAAUUAUUAAAAUUAAAAAUUCCACGUUUACCAGAGAUAUCUCCUAUGUAUGCAACUGAUGAUAUGUUAAAGAAACUUCCACCAAUUUAUUUAAUUGGUUGCCAUUUAGAUCCAUUACUUGAUGAUACUAUUUCAUUUGCCAGAAAAGUUAAAAAAGCAGGUGGUAAUAUUAAAACUGUUAAAUUACUUGAUAAUCUUUCACAUGGAUUUUUAAAUUUUACUAUGGUAUCACCAGAAUGUAAAAAAGGCUCUGAUAUAUGUUUGGAUAUAAUGAUGGAAUCAUUGGAUGUACCUGAAAGUUUUUACAAAAAUUAA